UUUUUGCCAUCCCUACCUCUCUUAUCCUUCUCUUCUUUCCUCCACCAGCAAUGCCUCCGCUUAGGGAACGAGCUCGCCACAAAGCUGGGCGACACCACGCGAGCCCUAUACACUUCAUUUCCCCCGCCGGCGACAACUGCCAGGAGGCUCAACCCACCGCCUUUGCUGUUCGCCCCAGUUUCUCAGGCGAACCAGCAGCAACCACCGCCGGCUCUCAGCACCGAUUACGUGGCGAAGAGACUCACAACUGUGAACACUGUGAGCAACACAAACAACGAGUUCGUCCUCAUUUCGGAUCCUGAUGGAGCUAAGUCCAUCGGAUUGCUCUGCUUCCGCCAAGAAGACGCCGAAGCAUUCAUGUCUCAGGUGCGAUUGCGGAGAAAGGAACUGCAGAGUGGGGCGAAAGUGGUGCCUAUUACUCCUGAACAGGUCUACAUGCUGAAGGUCGAAGGCAUUGCAUUCAGAUUUUUGCAAGAUCCCGUCCAAAUAAAGAACGCAUUGGAGCUGAAAGCUUCUGACAUGAGGAGUGGCUUUGAUAGAGUUCCGGUUUUCCAGGUAUGUUGCUUGCCUCACUACUUAGCUUUCCCUCUUAGUUGCAGGUCAACCGAUAUGAUGUCAAGUGUCUUUGUUGUUGUUGUUGUUGUAGAUCACCAGUUAUGGAAGUAUUGCCACUUAAUUUACCGAAUGAUGUUCUGUUUGGUUUCCUGCUCAAGUAAAGAGAGCGGGAAUUUAGUACUUACAUAGUCCGUCUCUUCCAUGAGAUUUACUGUGACCUAAAUAAUACCUGAUCAAUGCUUUUCCAUGACCCCUCUUAUUCAGUCAGACCUUUAGGUAGUAAAGAAGAAAAAACAGGUGGUUCUGCCCCAUAUAUUUCCAAAAGGAAGACAUAGACAAGGAGCUGGCGAAGGUUUCCAAGUCAUCUGAGAGGCGUGCCUCCGAAUAUAAUGGUAUGAAAGCAUGGAAUCCCUUGGAAGAGUUUUGACUCUGAAGAUUAGACAUUUCUGGUGCUUUGUGAUCGUUGUUACCUAAUACACACAUGCUCGUCUUUUUUUGCCUUGAUCGGUCUUCAGUUAAGCAUCAACUAUAAUGGUUAUGUCCAUGUGUUAGGUUUAGUUGUUGUAUUUGAGUCACCUUGUGUUCGUGUGUUGUGAUUGGGGAGUACAUGGCUCUCUACCAACUUUGAGAUAUUUAGUGCAAAGAAAAAGGUGAAAAAUCCUUGUUAGGAAAUGCCAACUAAAUUGAACUCUUGAAUGACUGGCUACCCAGGGAUAAUAAUAGCAAUAACAUGUAGGAUUCAUGCUCUC